UAGAGGGAGAAGAACAGAACCACCCGCCGUAUGAUUGCUCGCUCGCUUGUUCUCAGUAGUAAAGCAAAGUUCUGUGCGUAGAGUGGUUUGUCGUACCGUUGAUUUCAUUAAAAAAUUUACACGAAUUCGGAAAUUUCUUGUGCAUCAACGUGAACAAAAUUUUCCGCCUUCAGAAGAUGGCAACCACAAAAGACGACGUCGCCGACAGCGUGCAAUUUUUCGAAGGCGUGGAGAAGCUGCUGGAGAUUUGGUUCACGAGCAACAGCAGCGUAAACAGAAAGCAGGGCGAUCUCAGGCAGAUUCCCCAACGGAAAUGGCAGUCCUUGUUGAAGAUUGUUCGUUGCGAGAUAAUCAGCAUUUGUCAGACCGAGCAAGUGGACGCUUAUGUUCUCAGCGAAAGCAGUAUGUUCCUAUCAAAGCGUAGGCUAAUUCUAAAAACGUGUGGUACAACCACACCUCUUCAGUGUUUGGAGCCACUUUUAGAGUUGGUGAAAGAGUACACUGGCUUUGAGGAAGUAGAGAAUGUGUUUUAUUCCCGGAAAAAUUACAAAAAGCCAGAGUUACAGAUAUCUCCCCAUCAAGCAUUCGAGGAAGAAGUAGCUCUGCUGAAUACAUUCUUCCCAGACGGUGCAGCUUAUUGUUUAGGAUCCGUGGAGACAGACUGUUGGUACUUGUACACUCUGAACAGAGAGAAAUCGGUGGACGAGCCAUCGGAGCCGGAUCAGACGCUGGAAAUCCUCAUGACGCAUUUGGAUCCAGAAGUAAUGGCCGUUUUCACAAGAGACGUUUGCUCGUCUGCUGAUGAAGCCACCCAGAAAUCUGGAAUCGACAAAUUAAUCCCAAACAUGAUCAUCGACGAUUUUCUAUUCGAGCCCUGUGGAUAUUCCAUGAAUGGAGUCUCGAAAAAUGGAAACUACAUGACCAUCCACAUAACGCCAGAAUCAGAAUUCUCGUACGUGUCGUUCGAGAGCAACAUUCCAGAAACUUCCUACGAGGAAAUAAUACGACGAGUUCUGAAUACUUUCAAACCAAAGAAGUUCGUCGUAACCAUAUUCGCCAAUAAAGAGUCGAUAGCCGCCAGUUGUCCCCGCGAUUUGGAGCAAACCGACUGUUUAAAAUGUUCUGGUGAUUGGCUUCGAACGGACGUUCAGUAUUGCCGUUUCAAAAACUACGAUCUGACCUGCGCGUUUUAUUCGAGGUUCCCGAGCUGAGGGUUCAAGGACGCUUCGUUCGAACCUAAUCGCCUAGGGACUAACGAAGCGCUCCCAAAUACUCCCAUACUCUCCCAAAACUCCUCCAAAUCGACCUAUGCGACAAUAGAAACUAAAAAACUCGAGCAGACUCUGAAAGGAAUCCCAAAAUCCGAGUACCAGAAGUUUAAAGAAAAUGUUGAACCUCGAUGUUUGAACCAGAAUGCGAAUUUUAAGGAAAAUUGUAACGAUUGCGGGACUAUAAUUGAUUCCCAGGGAGAUUGUAACGAUUCGGAAAUUAUAAUCGGUUUCAAAAGAGAUUCUAAUUCAUAUUCUACGAAUCAGAAUGUAUCUUUUAAGGAAUAUUGUAACGAUCCUCCAAUUGUAAUUGAUUUAAAGAGAAAUUGUAACGAUUCCGAAAGUAUAAUUGAUUCUAAGAAAUA